AACCUGCUUGGAAAGGUGCAGCUGGCUUUACUCCCGGGAAUGGAAUAUCUCGGCUGGGUGCAAUAUGCUUAUGAAACAAUAGCAGAAGAAUGGAAGUAGCCUAGAAAAAGUCUGCAAAGUGGAAUAAUCCAUACAGCUACUCACACGCUCCUUGAUCAAAUUUGCCUGGAAUGAUGUCGAAUGGUCCAGUCCCACCCCUGAGAAAUGUGGAAAGAGUUUUGGGUCACGGACUGCGUAAGAAGUGAGUUCAAGGAGACUCGCAGCGUCUGUUCUGGAAGGAAGCAGCCGCAGCGCCGAGCCGGGAUCAGCAGUCAGGAAGCCGGGAGCACCAUGCCCAGGGGCAGCAGAAGCGUGGGGAGCCGGUCGGCGGCGGCCAGUCCGGCACCAUCUCAUGCCCAGCCCGCUGCUCACCCUCCCCCUUCGGCGGUGGCCACCCCGGCUCAGCCCCAGCAGCCUGGCUUGAUGGCCCAGAUGGCAACCACUGCGGCGGGAGUGGCCGUCGGCUCAGCCGUGGGCCACGUGGUCGGCGGUGCCCUGACCGGGGCGUUCAGCGGAGGAGGCGGCUCGGAGCCGGCAAAACCAGCGAGUAGUCCUAGCCAGGAGUCCAGGCCGCCUCCCGCUUACCAGCAGCAGCCCCAGUACGGGCCCUGCCACUACGAGAUGAAGCAGUUCCUGGACUGUGCCAUGAACCAGAGCGACCUGACCCUGUGCGAGGGCUUCAGCGAGGCCCUGAAGCAGUGCAAGUACAGCAACGGUGUUGCUUCCCUCUUGUGAAGAAACUUGAGCACCAGUGCAGCAAAAUAAGAAGAAUCUGGAAGGAGGCACCAACCAAGGCGACUGGAUGGGGAGAGACCAGUGGACAAGGAGAGCCAGGGAUCUGGCUAGACCAAUGCACCUCUUUAGUGCUAAUCUCAGUUGUAGAUGCAGCAGCAAUGAGAAUUCUGGUUGCAGUUCUUCACUGUGGAGCUUUUAGGGUGCAGCAAGCACUUUGAAUCCUUACAAGGAGAUGUGAAAUAAAAGGAGAUGGUUUAUUUUAGUGUAGGA